UGUUGAUUUGUGUUUGUGUCAUUGACAAAUCAAACUUGUUUGGUAUUAAUUUGGAUUGAAACAAACUGAAAUAAUAAACUCACAAUGAUCGGUGUGCGCUUAAACUCUUUUAAUGAUAGUUCUGGUGAACCAGAACAAGAUGCUAACUCAGCGUUAACGGAGUUGGAUAAAGGUCUUCGAUCAGGGAAAGUAGGCGAGCAAUGUGAAGCUAUCGUCCGUUUCCCGCGUUUAUUUGAAAAAUAUCCAUUUCCUAUACUCAUAAACUCUUCAUUCUUGAAACUUGCCGAUGUGUUUCGAAUGGGGAAUAAUUUCCUUCGUCUAUGGGUGCUACGUGUCUGUCAACAAAGCGAGAAGCAUUUGGACAAGAUUCUGAACGUGGAUGAGUUUCUAAGGAGAGUUUUUAGUGUGUUGCAUUCAAAUGACCCGGUGGCUAGAGCCUUGGCUCUAAGGACCCUUGGUGCAGUGGCUGGGAUCAUACCAGAGAGGCAGAAUGUGCACCACGCUAUACGUAGAGGGCUAGACAGCCAUGACAAUGUGGAGGUUGACGCUGCUAUCUAUGCUACAACAAGAUUUGCUGAGCAUUCCAAUGCAUUUGCAGUAGCCAUGUGCAACAAGCUGUGGGAUAUGGUGGACUGUGAGAGCACAGCGGCUGAGCGCAGAGCUAAGCUGGUGAGAGCUCUCCGAACAGUGCAUGGAGGAGCUGUGAGAGCCCAAGGAGUCCUGAAGCUGCUCCGUUCCCUGCUGGAGAGGUUCCCGUCGUCUAGUUCUGUGCGCGCCGCUAUAACUGCGCUCACUCACAUCGCAGCCGACACCGUCGUACAUGUGCCUGAUCAAGUGGAACUCCUCCUCAGUAUCUCAGCGAACGACGCCCGGUCGUCGGUCCGUCGCGCGGCGCUGCUGGGGCUGCGCAAGCUGGCGGAGCACGCGGCGCUGUGGCCCAACGACUGCGUCGAGAAACUCGUCCGCGCCGCCUCCGACGCGCAGGAGAUGGAGCAUACCAUGCUCUGUCUGCAAGUCAUGCAGAAGCUAGUGUCGUGCCCGGCGGUAUGCGCGGGCGCGGGGUCCCCGGGCGAGGGCUGCGCGGCGCUGCGCCGGUACUGCAGCGAGGCCGCGCUCUCCGCAGACCUCACGCGGGCCGCCACCGCCGCGGACGUACUCACCAGGCUCAUCGUGCACUGCUAUGAAGAAAACCUUCCAGUAGAAGGAGGAGACUUGAUGCUGGCGCUAGAAACCUUGGUCAUUGCCACCGGAGAGAAUAAUAGUCCGAGCAACAUCAAGGCGCUGAGAGUUGCACUGCGGUGCUUGGUACAGUUAAGUCGCGCAGAGCCGACAGUGUACGCGGGUCGCACGGCGGCCGUGGUGGGGCGCCAGCUGGGCGGCGCCGGGGGCCCGCCCGCCGCCGGCCCGCGGGCCCCCGCCCUGCUCGAGGCGCUGGGGGCGCUGGCCGGGGCCCCGCACGCACCCGCGCAUCUGGGGCCCGCCAUGCCGGCCCUGCAUCAUAUGCUUGAGCAGAUGCAACGCGACAACACGAUCGAGAACCCGGCGGACGACGGCACGACCCUGGUGUUGCUAUGUACAGUACUACUGCAGGAGCGGGCCGCGCGGGCCCUCACCCAGCGCGUGUCGCCCGCCUGGCAGGACCGACUGCUGCCCGUCAUACAGCGGGCAGAUGGAUGGGUGCGAUACAGGGUCGCCAGGGCUGCGCUACGAUACGGCCACCACCGCCUCGCAGGCGGUAUCCUGGCGCGCCUGGCCCAGGAAGCCCCGAGCGAGCCGGCACAACGUUGGCUCACCGCGCUACAUCGCGCCGCGCUCGCUGACGCCAAGCUGGUGGAGGAAGGUAUAGCAGGUCUAGAAGAAGCUAGUUCCGGCUGGGAGGUGUGCAGUGGGUGGGGUGGUGCAGGGGGUGCGGGUGGCGCAGGGGGUGGUGGGUGCGGCGGGGGGUGCGCGGGGUGCGGCGCGUGCUCCCCGCUGGCGCCGGCGUGGAUGCGGGCGCGCGCCGCGGGGCUGGCCGCGCUCGCCCGCACCGCCAUCGCCGCCAGGACGCUCUGCACGCAGCCACCGCCCGCCAUUGCACAUGCCUUCUCGCAGACUAGCCGCGACCCUGCCCUGAAGGCCGGGGCCUUCGCCCCCGCGAUCCGCAAGGCGGCGCGCGCCGUGUGGCAGGUGGCCCACAAGUACUCCGCCAUAGCGCGCACUGCAUUCCACGCUGACGACUCCACGCUACGGCAUCUGCAAAUCUCCCAGCACACAUACAGCCAGCUGGCGCAGUUCCUGGAGCGGGUGACGUCCAGCAGCCAGGAGCGGCCCCCGGAGCUGGACGCCGUGGACCUGAAGCCCGCCACUCUGGAGGAGAAGAUAGCUCUGUCUGCCAGCACACAACUUGCUGAGAUCUCCAGCAAACUGUUUGAUAAUCCCACUACUGGCCCAGGAAUUACGCACAGGCACAUGGAGGCGGUGCUGGCGGCAGUGUCAGCAUGCAGCGGGGGCGCGGUGUGGGCGCGGGGCGUGUGCGCGGGUCGCGCGGGGGGCGCGCUGUGCCGCGUGUCGCUGUCGCCGGCGUGGCGCGCCGCGUCCUCCGCGCCCAGCGACCACGCCGCCACGCUGCCGCUCAGCCACCGACUCGCGCUCAAACUCGAGGGGGUCGUACUGCCGCCCGUACCGCUCAGUAAACGCCAGAAGCCGCGCCAAGUGAAAGGAGUUCAGAUCACGGUGACUGCGACACCGCAUCCUCGCACUAAUGAGAAGACGGUGGAACUGAGCAACAUCCCGCCGGUACUGACGGCGGUGCAGACGGUGACGCCGGUCCGUGACUUCUUCUCCGCGCAGCAACUAGUGUCGGUGUCCACGCCCGGCCUGUAUACUGUCGCCGUGGAAGCCGCCUUCGUCGAUGAAAACGAUCAGCUGUGGAACACUGGGCCUAGGACUGCUAUCGUUAUUAAGGCUCAUGAAGAUCCGAGUGUGAAAGGAAGCACGCAGGCGACGCGCAGCAGAUUUUAAAUUAAUCUCUAACGAGGGAAAAUUAACAUUCAAUUGUUGAAAGGAGCCGAACUAUAUAUUUGCUGAAGACG